UUUAUUAGAAAAUAAAAAAAAAUAAAGGGUGUCGUUUUUCUUUUCAUCUGUAUGAUUUGUUCAAUUUACGAAAAGAAAAUCCUCUAGUGUUAUGGCUCCACAACCUGUAGUAACUGGUCUUUCACCAAAAGAAGGUCCGCCUGGGACCCGUGUUAUAAUACGUGGCGAAUUUUUGGGUUCUAAACCAACAGAUUUGAUAGGUUUAAAAAUUUGUGGUUUUGAUUGUCUACUGUCGGCUGAAUGGGUGUCGCCCAACAAAAUUAUCGCUCGCACUGGUCCAGCUAAGGGUAUUGGCGAUAUCAUUGUUACCACAAAUAGUGGUGGUGUGGGCUCCUCCUCUGUGCAGUUCAGAGCCAUAGGAAAUAAUGAAAUAAUAGGACCCGUAAAAGAGUCACCUGUAUGGGUAGAUGAGGCACCAUCACAAAAUUUUGCUUGGGGUAGGCGAACUUUGGUGCAGUCGGUCUUUACACAAGAGGAUCCAUUGGGGCUAUCAACCGAGGGCAAUGAGCAGAAAAAUGUUGAGAAUUUAAGAGAACUCUUUCCAAAUAACAGCGGCGACUUGUUGCAAGAAAACUUUUCGCCAGCCUUGUUCUUGUUGGAAAAGCAUUCGGCCACUACAUUUGCCGAUCUGAAAGCUGGUCUUAAUUAUCUGAAUCGAAAAGUAGAGUCACAAAAGGAGGGUCAACUAUCCUUUUUGAAAUCGAAUGCCGGCUCUGUUAUCGACCAGUUGGAUACUAUGAUGAAUAUAAGGGACAAAUUACAGGAAGAUCAAAAACAGUAUGGGCCGGAACCUCUGCGUGUAUUGCAAGAGGAAAUUGAAAAUUCUAUUUCUGAGUCCGAAAAUAUUUUCAAUGAUGUAUUGUUGCGCAAAGAAAAGGCUGAUUCCACUAGGGCAGUGCUGUUGGCUUUAUCUCGCCACAAAUUUUUGUUCUGUUUACCAAACUCCGUAGAAAAAAAGGCUGCCGCUGGAGAAUUCGAUAUUGUUGUUAACGAUUAUGCCAGAGCAAAGAGUCGUUUCAGUAAAACUGAAAUUCCGAUAUUCCGAAAAGUAAUGGAAGAAGUCGAUCAGCGUAUUUUACAAAUACGCAAACAAUUACACGAAAAAGUCAUAAAAAUGCCCCAAAGCGUCGAACAGCAACGUAAACUUAUUAAAGCUCUAAUAAGUCUAGAAGUUCAACAGUCCGGAAAUAUCAUAAAUGACAAGCUACGUAAUACAGAUCCAGCUUGGGAUGCCAUAGAUGCAAGAUCCAAAUAUUUAGAACAGACGUUUAAGCAAACAUUUGAACAAUAUGCCAGCAAAGAUGCUCAAGGAGCCGAAAAGAGCAAAAAUCGUGAUAUAUCCCAAACACCCAACCGUGUGCUGUUCUGUGAAGAAAUUUGUGAAAUAGCAGCAUCCCAAUUGCCGGACUUGUGGCGUCUGGGACAGAUGUAUUUCACGGGAGAACUGAGAGGUCCUAAUGAUCCCAGACCAGGAGAUUUUAAGCGCAUGAUCUUGAAUGCCAUUGAAAAAUUCUGUAUUUAUCUGAAAGUGGCUAUGUGUACCACAGAUUCUGAGGCACGUACUCUAAGGCAAUCUGUAGGCCUUAUAUGGCCCAUUAGCCAUGGUUCUCAUGAUGUUUUCAAAUCUUGGUUGCCUCAGUGUUUACGUUAUACACGUAUAACUUAUGCCACUUUGAUUAGUUUGGAUUUGCCUUCAUCGGCUUUGGAUAUUGUACAAAAAUUCAUUGAUGACACACGACUGCACUGUUUCUCUAAUAUUUUUGAAAAGGCCACACAAAAUUGCAAUAAACUAACGGAAUUGGAGACAUGGGAAAUGGGUGUCGAAGAUUUUCCUGGUGCAACCUUAUUGCCACAACGUUUGGAGAAUUUACUAAUUGAAACAUUGGAGGAGGCUCAACAGUCUUGUAUUAAUCCGGAAAUGAGGGAAGGUAACCUUCUAGAGUCAGAAUCGGAUGGGCAACGGGAAGUGUCAUUGCGUUUACAACAAUUGCUGUUAUGUUUUUGUAAUGUUAUACAAGAAUUGGCAUUUAAUUACCAUAAGGAAGAGACCCCAACACACAAUGUCUCUCAGUUACUGGGAUAUCCAAAUAAUCAAUCAAGUGGCCCUGCUUCUGGCAGAUUUACCAGCUUAUCUUCCUCUACAACCACGGCCAUUACCUGGGAACAACGCAUGUUAUGCUGUUUGGCCAACUGUGCCUACUGCAAUAAAAGCUUUUUCCAUAAAGUGGGAAAACUAUUUGAAAAAUAUGGCUAUCCUUUACCUUCAUUGGCUAUUGAAACGGCCCGUUAUUCGGUUAACAAAUUAUUUUCCAACAUCUUGGAUGCCUAUGUGGAGCAUAAGGGCGAUCCUUUAGUUGGUACAAUUGAACCUUCCAUGUAUUUGGGCACAUUUCAGUGGGACAUUGAAAUGCCAAUUGGCCAGUUAAGACCCUACGCCCACGAAUGCUGCGAUAAUCUGGUGGGAGUUUUUUCGGAAAUCUUUACUAUAUCACCCGCUCUAUUGAGACCCAUACUUGAGCCUAUUGUUCUGACUAUAUCCGAGGAGUUGGGUCGUUUAAUGGGUUUUGUAAGGCAGUUCAGUUAUUCGGGAGCCAUACAAGCCAGUGUUGAUAUACGCUUACUAAGAGAUACUCUAAGAUUAUAUACAAACGAAACUGGAAGAAACUAUUUCCUUGAGGCCUUAGAAGCCAUCAAUCCUCCACUUGAUGCCGAUCAACAAAAACAAGCUGACGAUAUACUAGAGCGUGUUAAGGAUCGCAUGAAAUUACAAUUAAUGUGCUUUUCCGUAAAGGAUCCUUAAACGUGAAAUCAUUUGAAAUAAAACUUGUAUGGUAUUGCUUAAAAAUAUAUUUUUAAAAUAUAAUUACAGCUUAUUUAAAAAUAAUAUAGCUAAACAUGGUGAGCGUUGCUGGUAGAAAGUAA